AUGAAGGUAGAUUAUUAUUUGAUGAAGAAGAAACUGAUCGAAUACAAGUGCAACACCAUUAUUUUAGAGAAUCGUGGAAUGGAUGCUUUAUGUGCUGGUGGUGCUAAAGUUCUCGAUAUUGGAUGCGGGCCUGGCAUAUUUUUAUGCGACAUGGCGUCAGAUUAUCCAAGAACAUACUUUGUUGGGGUCGAUUUACUCUCUACAUUUCCAAGGUUAAAGCCUUAUAAUGUAAGCUUUAUCCAAUGUAACGUUUUAGAAGGUUUGCCCUUUGAAAAAGAUACCUUCGAUUUGGUAUAUUGUAGAUUUCUAAUGUUAGACAUCAAAGAAUUUCAAUGGAGAGAUUUGGUUUUACGAGAAUUGGCUCGCGUAGUAAAAACUAAUGGUUGGAUUGAACUGAUGGAACCAAGACUCACCGUUAUGAAUCAAGGUCCCUCUACCGAAAGAAUCUGUAAUGCAAUUCAAACUAAGGCAAGAGCUCAUAAUAUGAAUCCAAAUUUAGUGGAUGAAUUUGAACGAUGGUUAGGAUUGAUAAAUAAUAUACAUCAUAUAAAUCGUGAAGUUCAACGAUUACCUUGCGGUAAAUGGGCCGGCAAGCAUGGCGAACUUGGUGCAUCGUUUAUGUAUAAUGUUUUUAAAAAGCAUUUAAAAUAUGUUGAUAAUUUAAUUGGCAUUCCAUCAAAUGAACAUAAAGCCACCUUAAAUGGUUUGUUACAUGAAUUUGAUAUGUAUCGUUCUUAUAUUGAAGUGUAUAGAUUCUUUGCUCAAAAAAUUGAAGUAUAA